CACAGCAGAAGAGUCAUAUACAACGUCCAUUUGCAUAAGAAAGAAAAUGGAGAUCACCAACUCAAGCAAAAUUCAGGCAGAAGGCGGUUCCACAUAUGACCGAAUAAGUGAAUUAAAGGCUUUUGAUGACUCAAAAACGGGUGUGAAAGGACUUGUAGACUCCGGAGCUGCAAAAGUUCCACGGAUUUUCAUUGAUGAGCAAUAUGAGCCCGGUGACAAAUCAGGUUCUGGAGGCUGCAAGUUUACAAUUCCUAUCAUUGAUUUUCAAGGCAUUGAUAAAGAUCCAAGCCUACGCUGUGAAAUAGUUGGCAAAGUUGGAAAUGCUUGUGAGAAGUGGGGAUUCUUACAGGUGAUCAAUCAUGGAAUUCCAUUAAACAUAUUGGAGGAAAUGAUUGAUGGCAUACGCAGAUUUCAUGAGCAAGAUACUGAGGUAAAGAAAGAGUUGUAUUCUCGUGAUGAAACAAGAGCGGCGGUGUAUCAUAGCAAUUUUGAUUUAUAUCGAGCACCGGUAGCUAAUUGGAGAGAUACAUUAUCUUGUCGUAUGGUUCCCCUCCCAGCUAAUUCUGAUGAAUUGCCUACAGUGUGCAGAGAUAUACUGAUCGACUACUGUGAUGAAAUAAGGAAGGUUGGGGUGACAGUGUUUGGACUGAUCUCGGAAGCUCUUGGUCUGAAUUCCAACCACUUGAAAGAAAUGGGUUGCGCAGGAGGACUAAAUUUUGUCGGUCAUUACUACCCAGCAUGCCCAGAACCAGAGUUAACCUUAGGCCUUAGCAAGCAUACUGAUAGUGCCUUCAUCACCGUUCUUUUGCAAGACCAAACGGGUGGCCUUCAAGUCCUCCAUCAAGAUCAAUGGGUUGAUGUUAACCCAGUUCCUGGAGCUCUAAUUGUAAACAUCGGAGAUAUGUUACAGCUGAUAUCCAAUGACAAAUUCAAAAGCGUCUAUCAUAGAGUGCUGGCGAAAAACGUAGGCCCAAGAAUCUCGGUAGCAUGUGUCUUCAGAGCACAAGGGAAGCAUUCUAGAUUGUACGGUCCAAUAAAAGAGCUGCUUUCGGAAGAGAAUCCCCCAGUUUACAGGGAAACAACUGAAAACGAUUAUUUAAAAAUUAAAUUCAUGCAUCCAAAACCAGAAGGAUUUAAUGGAACCUCUGCACUGGAACAUUUUAAGCUGUGAAGUUACUUUGGAUUUGGAAGAGGGGGUCAACCUGCCGCUUCUACUGUAAUAGCGUCAAAAAGUUUUAAUUUUCAGUCACUUCUUGAUAAAUCUAUAUUAUACUUAUUCUACAGACAUAAGAGAUAGGGCAUCACCAGAUAUCUGAGUACAAAGUCCUGGAGUACAAAUGCUCUGCGAGAAGAAUGUAAUGGUGAAACACAAAAGAACCAUAGAGAGUUCACAGAAAACUUUGUCACAAAAAAACCAUAGAGGGAUUUUGGCAUCUUUGCGAACCCACGCCAUUUCCAUUCUCUUCCCGACUCACCACUCACCAAAACUCUUCAAACCUUGCUCCCGCCAAGCUUUUUCACCACAGAUGAAGUCCCAUGCUCGAGACUCUA